UGCCUAGUUAAAAUAAUUAUAAAUUUCUUAGUAAAAUAAUCUGCUCUGAUUACUUUUUUAAUAGUUUCCUCCAUUUUUGUUAGAAUCUUCUCCUCUCAACAUAUGAAGAAAAUUCUGUCUUGAAAAUAGCUGACUUUGGCUUUGCACGAUCUCUAGCACCUCGUGGCCUUGCUGAGACUCUUUGCGGUUCUCCUCUUUACAUGGCUCCAGAAGUAAUGCAGUUUCAGAAGUAUGAUGCAAAGGCAGAUCUUUGGAGUGUUGGCAUUAUUCUCUACCAACUUGUGACUGGAAGAACACCUUUUACUGGGAAUAGUCAAAUACAGUUGCUUCAGAAUAUACUCAAAACAAAUGAGUUCUGUUUCCCUUUGGACUGUAAUUUGAGUGGUGAAUGUGUUGAUUUGUGCCAAAAAUUGUUGCGCCGAAAUGCGGUUGAACGAUUGACAUUUGAGGAGUUCUUCAAUCAUCAAUUUCUUUCGGAGCAACCAACCAUUGACACAGCAAGGAUUAAAUCUGAAAUAAGAGAUGACAUUACACUUGAAUGUAGUCAAAAGAGGUUAUCAGGAGAAAUUUCACAUGAUGACAGUCUGCCUUUCCCUUUAGAUGAGGAAACUAAUGUGCAGGAAACAAGUAUUCCUGAUCCCCAGAACACGGGUUCAGUGAGACGUACUACUGGGUUUACUAUUGGUUCCGAACAUAAAAAUCUAUCUUGUAGUCCAUUAAAAGAUGUUGCUGUUCCUUCCAGAUGUAGGGGUCAGACACAUGAUUUUAGCAUGUCUCCUCCACGAACUGCUAAAGAACAGAAGCCUUCUAAUUACUCCAAUGAUUCUGCAGUUGUGGAUUCCUUGGAAUUUGUUGAUCAAGAUUACGUGAUUGUUCCUAGACCCCCGUUGGAUAUGUCACCCAAUUCAGUAAGCCCCAGUCCAAGCAAUUCACCUCGCAAAUCAGAAAAUUCACCCGUUGCACCUUCUAAAGUUAAUGGACUAAGUGCACCAGUGCCAAUAAUUGGUGCAGCAGGUGGUAAUAGCCAUGCCAUUGGAACCCCGGGAAGUGGUUCUGCAUCAUUAACUUCACAGGGUUCCAUGGACGUGAUCGAUGCUAUAGAGCAGCCAUUGGGUCAUUCCAUGGUGAGGAUUAGAUCAUUGCAGCAGUUUGCAUCUGUCAUAACAGACAUUGUUAAAGAAAAGAUUGCAAAUGGUCAACAACAUGAAGCAUUCUCAGUCCAGCUAUUGGUUCUUGCUAUCUGGAAGCAAACACUGCACAUUUGCCAUGCAGAGGCUUCAUCCACACCAGAUGUCAGUCCAUUUCGAGAACUAAAAAGCCUAAAGACCUGCAUUCCCAACACUGCUGAAUAUUUGAAUUGCAUAGACUCUCAAGUGUCAAAUUCAGUUUGUUCUGAGAUCGAGAGGAAUUUCCUCCUUGGCGUUGAGUAUGCCGAGGAACUUGCUUUAGACAUCAAACAGAAGACUGUACCUACUGAACUGCCGGAUGCAAUUGAGAUAAUAUUCCAAUCGGCCCUUACAUUGGGCAGACAGGGUGGUGUUGAUGAGAUGAUGGGGAACAUGGAGAGGGCAUCAUGUCAGUAUUCAAAAGCAGUAAGCUUGUUGUGUUUUCUUCUAGUGGAAGCUCCAACUCUAGCGCUCAGCCCACCGUUUUCGCCCACCAAUUCAGACCGCUAUCGUCUACGUACGUACAUCGAUGUGCUCCACAAUAGACGAGGCCAGUCCUCGUUCCAAAGGAAGGGUGAUGAUGGAGUAAGUCCUUAAACAUCCUAGAUCAUGCAGUUCCAAUUGUUUGUACUAAUUCUUUAGGCUGAUGUGUAGAAGAUGUCAUUAUUAUCAAUGCAUCCGUCCAAACUGUGAAGUAAUUAGUUGGUGCAGAAACGCAGUCAUCCAAAUGUUGAUAAACCGUAUGGCUCAGUGAAAGAGAGCAACUUUGAUUGUGCUAACUAAUUAAUUAAUUAGUUUUUUCUUGACGCUUCUAGAUUGAUAA